AUGUGGGUCUGUCUGCGCUCUAUGUUGCGAUGUGCAUUGCUGAUGGUGCCACGACAGGAAGUGAGGCGCAAAAGCAAGGACCUUGUCAGAUUGGCCUUGUUCGACGAACACCGUCGCGUCGCCAUCAAGAGAGAAGACAUCAGCAGAAAGGUUUUGAAGAAGGAGGGUGCCAAAGCCUUUCCUGUCAUAUUCAACCGAGCGCAAAAGAUUCUGCGCGACUCGUUUGGCUUCGAGCUCGUCGAGGUUCGCGCUCGCGGCGUGGAAAAUGACCAGAUCCUCCAGACGCAGCAGCAGAGGGCGAGCCCGUCCAAGGAGGCAGGCAAGGAGGAGGAACGGGGAGAGGAGGAAGACACCAAAGCGAAAGCGUCAGCAGGGAAAUCGUACAUUGUCCGCUCAGUGUUGCCUCACGAGCUCAUCAGCCAGAUGACGACACCAGACGCAUCGCUGGCAGCAGCAGUCAGGGACGUGGCGGGCAGCACUGAUGGUCUGCAGGCGGAUAGCAAUGGCACAAUGCUAGAUUGGAAGCGGUCUACUAGCGAGCUGGCCAAUACCGGCCUCCUCUUCGUCAUCCUCAGUCUCAUUCUCCUCAAUGGCCGUACGAUUGCUGAUGACCAAUUACGGACCUAUCUUCGUCGCCUCUCGCUCGAGCCAAGUGACCCUUUGCCGCCUGUGCUCAUACCGGGCGCUGAUGACGACUUCAACACGUUUGGUGGUGCCAGAAGCAGUGAAAUGACGCUCGAUGACUACAUGGACCGUCUUGCCCAAAACAUGUAUCUAGAGCGUUACAAGAGCGACACGAUUGCCGACGCUUCAGCAAAAAGGACACAAGUACGGGGGAAACGCAAGAAUAGGACCUCGGGGCGUGAUGCCGAGGAGGGCAUCGCAUGGCGGUGGGGGCCCAGGGCCGAGGCAGAGAUCAGCGAGAAGUCUGUCGCCUUGUUCAUCCACGACAUCUUUAGCAGCCUAGCGGACGAGGAGCAGGAGAAUGGGGCAGGGUCCUCCACAGCGAGGCGAGAUUUGGAGCCACAGAGCCUCAUUACACAAAUUGAGCGCGCAGCUGGCAGCGAGCUCAUUUCCUAG